AGAAUUAUCUAGUAACUCUAGAUAAUUAAUCAAAGCGUCGCACUCAAAAACGUCCGUUCAUGCACAUAAGAAUUCAUUUUUUGUCUGGAGAAACGAUGAACGUUACUGGUGUAAGGGUGAAGAUAUAUGACGAGGAAGUAUGUGUCUAUGAACAUGAGCCUAUCCAAUCCGACAAGAAUGAUCUGAGAACGUUGCUACAAGAUUUGCGAGACGUGCAAGCAAAAAUCAAUGUUUUCUUAACCACGUUGAUCCAACAAGGAGACGCGAUUAGCGGAGAACAAAAAACGACCGAUCGAUCAAUUUUCUCGGAUUCCGAAGAGGAGGUAGAGGAAGAGGUUAACCAACCCAAAAAAUGCAAGUUGGGAAUUUUAUAAUCUCUCUGUAUAUUCUGUGUUAAUAAAUCUUAUUUUUCCCAAUUGUUGUAUAACGAAUGCUAUUUACGCCCUGGUAUCCCUAUAUCUACACUUGUUUCGUUUCAGAACGUGGAGCGAAAUUUUUAUCGGCGAAUUGGAAAGUGCUCGCUCAACAAGUAGAGUUUAAAAACUCUGAUAUAACGCGCUCCUAAGCGCAAGAACGAUAAUUAUUAAGAACGAAACGGCAAGUGUGCGCAAUUUUGCCGAGGCCUCUGAAAUACAAUUUUGCAAAAACAUGUCUACCAUGUUGUCAAAUGAAGCUCAAUUACGUUACAUGAUAGAAUGGUUUCAAGAAUGGUCAGAAAUGCAGCGGAAUGAUUUCCUGAGUGUAUUACUGGAAAAUUGUGGCCCACCAGGGCUUGUAAACGGAUUGGUUGCUGGAUUGGAAAAUUUGGAUUGCGAAGGAUCUGAUAGACCCCCGAGCUUGUUUCAAUGUCGUGUCAAGCUCUUUAAAGAGUGGAGCAGCAAUUGGUCGCAGAAUGAGAAAGAUUCUCUGUCGGCAGCUAUUAAGAAUAUAGAUAGUAAAUUUGCUGAGAAAUAUGAAGAAAGAUUAUCAGCAUUGAUGGAAGAUAAACAAUAAUUUUAAGCAUUCUUUUUAUAAUUUAAAUUUAAUCUAC